UAUUUUUUAUCCACAACAUGGUAAAAUAUGUCGAUAAACAUGUCGCCGUACGGCCCAACUUUGGAAGAACAGCUUUCGUCCAUAAUGGACGUACUUGCGAAAGCUGCCGUAUCUGAAAUUAGCCAACUGUUCUCGGAAGGCUCGGCUACCCUUCGAUCACAAAUAACUCGGAGCCUGAAAGAAAACCAAGCGCUGAGGAUGAGGAUGAAGGUGAUGAGGAGUACGCUGUUUUCUUUGCGGAUUCAAACGAGAUCAAAUGCAUCCUGUGCGGCAAGUCGUUUUACCCUGGCUCGAGCCAACAUCUGCAAACCACAGACUAAACCACAGGGAGAUGAACACUGCGAUGACUUUGGAGACCGCAGCACACAGCGCGGCGCCCCCACAGAUGGUCUGCAUGUGGACGCCCCUGGCUCCUCCCACCUGUCCAGUCACAGCGAGGAGCUGAGGCUCCUGAGCGUCCACGGAAAAGGGGGGGGCCCACUGGCGCUGCACGGCCAUGACACCCUCUUCACUGCGUCCGAACCAGAGGCUCUGAGCUCGCUGUCCACGGAACACGGCGUGGUCAAGAGCCUGGAGCGCGGCAAGCAGCUGGUCCGCCGCGAGGAGCUGACUGGGCAGCAGACCCCAGACACCAUUUUAACCAAGGAUGAAGAGGAUAUUGGUGGAGGCAUGCCCGCUGUAGAAGACUGCGAUGAGUUUGGAGACUGCAGCACACAACACGGCGCCACCUUGGAUAGUCUGCAUGUGGAAGCCCCUGGCUCCUCCCACAUGUCCAGUAACAGCGAGGAGCUGCGGAUCCUGAGUGUCCACGGUAAAGGGGAGUACCCAUUGGCGGUGGACGGCCAUGACAACCUCUUCACCGUGUUCAAACUGGAGACUCUGAGCUCGCUGUCUGCGGAACACAGCGUGGCAAAGAGCCUGGAGCGCGGCGAGCAGCUGGUCCACCGUGAGGAGCUGACUGGGCAUCGGGGCGGCAGCAAGGACCGGCCCGGUGUGUUGUCUGGCGAGUGUUUUCCCGACAAAACCAAUAUGGUCAUCCACAGGCGUACCCACACGGGCGAGAAGCCGUACGGGUGCGACCAGUGCACGGAGCGCUUCAAACUGAAAGACAGCCUGAAGAGCCACAUGAGGAGGACUCACUCCGGGGAGAAGCCCUACAGGUGUGAUCAAUGCGUGAAGUGCUACUAUAGGAGCUCUCACCUGAAGAGGCACAUGAAGACUCACUCCAGGGAGAAACCCUACAGGUGCAACCAAUGCUUGAAGCGCUUUAUGAGGAGUUCCAACCUGACGGUCCACAUGAGGACUCACUCCGAGGAGAAGCCCUACAGGUGCAACCAAUGCGUGAAGCGCUUCAAUCAGAGAAGUCACCUGAAGGUCCACAUGAGGACUCACUCCGGGGAGAAGCCCUACAGGUGUGACCAAUGUGGGACUAGUUUCAAUCAGAGUACCCACCUGAAGGUCCACAUGAGGAUACACUCCGGGCAGAAGCCUUAUAGGUGUGACCAAUGUGUGAAGCGCUUCAAUCAGUGCUCCGCCCUGAAGAGCCACAUGAGGACUCACUCCGGGGAGAAACCCUACAGGUGUAACCAAUGCGUGAAGCGCUUCAGUCGGAAUUCCAGCCUGAAGGUCCACAUGAGGACUCACUCCGGGGAGAAGCCCUACAGGUGUAACCAAUGCGUGAAGCGCUUCAGUACGAGUUCAAACCUGACGGUCCACAUGAGGAGGACUCACUCCGGGGAGAAGCCCUGAAGGUGCAACACCAGCCUCAGUGACCCUAGCAAUUUGCGUUGGCACAUGCUCAAGCACAGAGGCAAUGGGGUGCUUUGACACGGGCAAUGGGACCUUUUAAUUCACACCUCUAUCCUGUUUUCGUUUAAAUUUGUCUGUUCUAGUUAUUUUUUAUUCACGAUUAUAGCUCUAUAGCUCUGUUCCAGACUGUUCCCGGGAAGAAGAUUCCUGCGCCUGGGAGUUUGCAAACCAUUUCAGGUUUUGUUGAUAGCUAAUGCAAAUGGUAAUAAGCCUUAAUCUUUCAAACCUAGUCCUUCUCGACCUCUCGUAUCUUGUUACAGUAUUCAAUUUUUUUUUUGUUAUCCACAAUAGGGUAAAAUAUGUUGAUAAAGAUGUCGCCGUGCGGCCCAACUUUGGAAGAACAGCUUGAAUACACAUUGCAUUUAGGGGUUUUAUUUGUUCAUCAACACGGCGGAUGCGAGCGCAGAAUGAUCAUAAAAAUACAAUUAGUUUUGACCGGUUGCCAUGGUUAUCUCUGUGUGGUUACUUCUACUAAUUAUGCUUGCACUUAAAUGCCUGGUCAUCUCUUGAAAGUGCAUCAUGACCAGAGCCCCGCUAAAAUACAAGGACUACUUGUGCAGUUUAUAGUAGAAUGAUUUACAUCUUCUUCAUAGCAGACCGGUGUCAGGAAUGCUCAGAUCAGCUCUGAUUCCCAAUAUAACUACAGUAUUGGUAAAACAGGGGAUAGUAAACAACAGAUCGUCUGGGUUUUGUCUUCAUGACCUCCCCACAUCUUUAAAAGGGGGAGACGUAGCGGUGCUACGUCUCAAAUGGAUACAUACUGUAUCCCUUUGUGCAAAUUAUUAAUUUAGUACAAUUAGUACAAUUACUUCCUGCAUUUAUUCCC